AUGAACCGAUCCUAUCCCAUCCGCUUCAAGAACGUGGCCUAUCUUGCCGGCCCUGCUCUGGAUCUGCUCGAGAACCAAACAAUCGUGCUCCAAGACGGCCGUCUCCGCUGCUCCGAUCUGCCUGUCGGCCACCACGAUCCCGACUCGGUUCUCGACGUCGACGGGUCGGGAUAUGUGUUGCUACCGGGGCUCAUCAAUGCUGCGAUUGAGACCUCCCUCAAGUUUGCCGGACUGAGCUCCGUUGACCCCGACGAAGUGCUCGACAUCUUGGCCGACUCGCUCUCCAACUCGGCUCGCAACGGCACAACGACGGCCGUCGUUCUGAACGAGGGCUUUGAUUUGCAGAGCCUGUCUCUUGAGUCGGCCGCACAUUACUCUGCCCUGAGGAUCCUGAGCUCGCCCGACGAUCUCGCUCGCCUGCACACCGGAUCUGCUGGCAACGUAUUUGAGCACUCCACCAAUCUCUGGACGCUCUUGAAGACAAAGGCGCAGGCACUGGCUGCGGUCGGCUCCCCCUCGGAAGAUUCUCUCAAGGAUCUCUUGCGCUCGGUCACGUCUGUUCCUGCGGAAGCCCUUGAUCUGAACGCCGGUUCUAUCGCGGACGGCAAGGUCGCAGACGUGGUCCUCGUCAAGCUCAAGCCGUACUGGAAGCUUUCCACCAAGGAGCUUUUGCAUGCACUCCUCCUUUCGGGGAACGAUCCAGCGGUCAUCCAUGCAGUCUUCAAGUCCGGAAACCUGAUCCACUCGUCCGGCUCGUUUGGCCAGCUGUUCCAGUCUCUCCUCCUCUCCAAGUACUAUUCGUCAGCCAAUAUCCCCAUUGCCGCAGACUCCGAUGCCGGGCGGCACUUUGACUCUGUCGAGGAUGCAAUCGAGGAGUUCCGCAAGGGAAAUUUUGUCAUUGCCGUUGACAACGAGGAUCGUGAGAACGAGGGCGACUUGAUCAUAGCUGCUCAAGAUGCCACCAUGGAGAAGAUGGCCUUUUUGAUCCGCUAUUCGAGCGGCCUUAUCUGCGCCCCAGCUCCAGACGAAGUCCUGAGCAAGCUUGAGCUGCCGCUCAUGGUCAAAGAUAAUCGUGACGCAUACAGAACGGCCUAUACCAUCACCUGUGAUGCGACAAAGCGCACCACCACCGGCAUAAGCGCAUCCGACCGCGCUCUCACCCUGCGCACUCUUGCAUCGGCUUCGUCGGUGGCCAGCGAUCUCACCCGGCCCGGACACAUUCUGCCCCUCCGCGCUGUCCCCGGCGGCGUGCUGAAGCGUAUAGGCCAUACCGAGGCCGCCGUGGAUUUGUGCAAGCUCGCCGGCAAGGCCCCUGUCGCCGCCAUCUGCGAGGUUGUCUUGGACGACGGCCGCAUGGCCCGUCGGGACCAUCUCCGGGUCUUUGCAAAGAAGUUUGGCCUGAAGCUCAUCACCAUCCAGAGCCUCAUUGACUAUCGGCUCAAGCACGGCCUCGGCGAGGAAUGGUAG